AUGUAUUUUGUAACUGCGCAUCUGGACGGUACUUUUCAGUGCUCCAUGGAGUCUGAUCCAGCUGUUUCAAGUACUGUUGUCGAACCGGAAUUGUCAGCACUGAAGCGAAUGGAAGAGAAAGACUCAGAUUUUGUCGAUGGAGUGGAGUCGUCCAGCCUGAAGGAUCCUAUAUUUGAUGACAUGACUGGAAGGAGUGGCUCGAAACCGCUUUGGCGUUAUGUUUCUCAUGAUUCUGAUUCUGGGGCACCAGAUGAUGCAUCCACUAACGAAUAUCGACGUCGAUUCGACUCCCUUACUUUUGGCUCCUUUCCACCGAGCUCUUAUUUGACAGAUUUUGAAACGCCCGAAAUGGAGUUUGAUGAAUGUAGUCUAGAACUUGCGGGCAAUAAAGAGGGAUCUCCGGAGGGAAGCGCGUUCAACUCGGAUCGCAUGACUCCCGAUGGUAUUAUAGACGAGGAUUAUGAACAGGAACUGGGUAUGGCUGCAAAGGAGCUCAGUGUUCAAGAUGUCAUUGAUUCGGACUACCCGGACAUCUCACGUUUAGGAAUACUUCAAGUUGCUGGUGAUGACAAACUUGGUCGUAAAGUGAUUAUUUUCUCGGCCUGUCGUUUGCCCGCAGCAGAUCUAAUCGACCACCAACGCUUGUUAUUGUACAUCACAAAGACGCUUGAGCAGUAUGUGAGCAGCGACUACAGCCUAAUCUAUUUCCACUGUGGAUUGUCCAAUAAGAACAAACCUCGGUUUGGCUGGCUUGUCCAAGCCUAUCGCACGUUCGACCGAAACUUUCGGAAAAAUCUAAAAGCCCUGUUUAUUGUUCAUCCGACGACUGGAAUCAAGAUACUGUGGUCAUUGUUCCGACCAUUUAUAAGCUCGAAAAUGACGCAAAAAGUCAAAUAUAUUGAACGACUGAAGGAGCUGGAGGAAUUCCUUUUCCUGAAUCAGCUUCCAAUUCCUCAUCGUGUUUUGGAGUAUGAUAAACUGAUCGCCGCCAAGCUGGCCGCUGCAACUGAUCAAUCUGGAGCGACUCAGAUCAGCGGUCCCACACACCUUACGGUUGGACCUCCUCGGAAUGAUUUGGUUUCAGUUAUUUCUGGGAUGUAUGAUGAACCUGGGGACGACAGCCAACCGGAACCCCAACAGCAGUUCAAUGUAUCACUGCAAUUUAUCAAGAUGAAUAACGGAGGACGUUCCAUUCCUAUCGUGCUGGAGGAUGCAGUGGAUUAUUUACGCGAAUUUGGUUUGGAUACAGAUGGAAUAUUCCGUCGAUCCGUGAAUGUCGGACGUCUGCGUCAGCUUCAGGAUGUGUACAACCGAGGGGAGGCCGUGGAUCUUCGAGAAUACGACGAUCCACACUUGGCAGCCGCUCUGCUCAAAUCGUUCCUUCGUGAACUCACGGAACCGAUUCUUACCUUUGAACUAUACGAUGAUAUCUUGGGAAUGGGAAACCUACAAGGUCGUGACAAGGUGUCGGCGAUUAAGGAACUGAUACUGACCAAACUUCCUGAUGACAACUACGAAGUCCUCAACUACCUCAUGCGGUUCCUCACCGAAGUUGCUCUCCACUCGUCGCAGAACCGAAUGAAUGCCUCCAACAUAGCAGUCGUAUUCGGGCCAAGUCUUAUUUGGUCUCGGCAUCAAACGUCACUAAGUGCAAUUACAAUGAUCAACGCUUUCGUCCAGAUCCUUAUCACACACUACGAGUCAAUAUUUAUCAAGUGAUCGUUCUCUGUACACCCACAAAUCUGCACUUUCCGGUUUAUUUAAAAGUCUGCGAACACAUGCCAGUUAACACAUACCCUUGCCUUGUGGUCUUUCAGCUAUUCUCACCUUUAUAUGUGUAUCUUUUCCACCAGAUCACUUCAUAUUUCUUUAUUUGUAUCCUUGAUCUUCGUCACACAUUCCCUUCUCAUACACACAUUCAUUGGGUCGAUAGUGAUAACAGUCAGAACCCGGCCGUCGAGGAGGGACUGUGGGCCAGUGUAUUCCACUCCUCUUUUCCUGGACCUCUUUCUGCCAUUUCGUCUCUCUUCUGCGAUUUCCUACGCCUGUUGGCUGUGAUAUUGCUGUUUAUUGCUGCGUCAACCACUUGGUUUUUCGUCUGCACCGUUCACACCAGCCCUUGUUCCUGACCAAAUUUUACGCAGUUUCGUAUUUCGAGGUUUCGGUGUUAUUGAUGUGGCACCGCAUAUAAACACAUAUCCUCAGUGCAUGGCCGUUAGUCUUCCAGGGUGUUUAGUUUUUAAGCAUCGCAUCCUUUUUAUUUUAAUGUUAGCUCAGGGUAAUUUGUGUGCGCUUUCUCGCCGACUGAACGUGGUAGACCGACAUUGUGCACUGUUCUUUCGAAGCUACACAUCCCAUGAUCAGUCGCGAAUAAUGACUUCUCAAGAUUAAGAACAACUGUUUGACCACCAAGACUUCCGAUUGCUGUAUUGUUUGGACUUCUGAAAUUGACAAGUGUGUUCUGCAUCUUCCGCAGCAGGUACACACAUGGCCAGCAUUGAUUUUUCAAUAGUUCGUCCCACACCCGAGAUAUUC